AAGCCCAUGGUGCCUCUUCUGCCCAUCAAGGACUCAGACCUGUAAUUGACCGCCUGAUCGAAGUAAAAUACAAUCGAAUGACAUGAAUGACGGCAUUCUCGAUUCAUCUGUAGUUUGAUCACCGGCCGCCAAUCUGCCAGUUUAUCAAUUUGCUUAUUUUCACCAUCGACAAGAGUGAUAAAGCUGAGUGCGCCGUUAUCUCUCCCAUACCGAGGGCAAUUAUGCGCUGGUCAUCCAGGCUAUAUUUUCAUCUUUUUCCGGUCAUCCCUAAACAAUUAAGGCGGCAUUGACCAUUUGGACUUGUGAUCGGAGAGUCCAUACAAUAAUUCGAACUCCUCAAGAUACAGUGACUCGUCCUACUGAGUAACAUUCAAAAAGACAUUUGUUUUCUAAUAUUUGUUCAUACACUGCUCAUUAAUGUAGUAUUCGACCUUGCUGGUUUGUUAGCAUUUUGAUCAACAGUACGGUUAUAUCGCCGACUUUAAUGGUCACAGAAGAUUUUUUCAGUACAUCCCCGGCCUUGAUAAGAAACGCUUGGGUGACUUUCCAUUUGCUAGACAUGUUGGAUAGAGUUUGGACAACUGCUAAACAACACAAGGAGAAACCUUCACCGAUAAGACUUUCAACUUGAAGGGUUGACGUGCUUUAAAUAACAUUCUGAGUAGAAAGGUCGUUUUAUUUAAACUGAACGCGCAAGAACAGGCUUUGGAUUGAUGUCUUCUUUUAUAUGAAACAAGAAGAAACGUAGUGUUGACGAAGGACUCGGGUCUUAGAUAUCAGAGAAUACGGCUUUACAUUGAUCAUCAAGCUCAGAAGUGAAGGGGAAAAAGGAAGUUAUAGUUGUACGAGUAGCAACGACAACACAGGAGCCUUAGACAGAUACUAAAAGCGAACCCGAAGUGGAACUACCUCUCAGGCCGAACGACUCCUGGCGAUCGGGAGGAUUCAAAUAGCUGCGGAAACUGCUCACCAAGUAUGGAAAUGGACAGAAAGGAUUUUAGUGGCUCAAUGAAGAAGGCGAAACAGUCUCUGAAGAUGCUUCAAUCAAUGUACAAGAACCCUCAUACUAAUGAGGAUUGUGUGGUAGAGGACAUGGAAACAGCACCAGAAAGCUGGGAUGCAAACGAAGGGUUAAAGGAGAGUGUUCAGCUAAGUUUUGACGAGUUUCUAACUGGGCUUAACUUGGACCCGGAGCGGCUGCAUGCCUUGGAUAGUAAGGAAGCUAGCUUCCUCCACCACGCCGUCAAGGCCGGCCGAAGUGACCUGGUGGACUAUCUCGUAGAUCGUGGGCUAGAUAUAAAUGGUGUAGAUGAGGAUGGUAAUACACCGCUGCACUGGGCCGUCGAGAGCGGGGAAGCUAAAAUCAUCGAUGCCCUCAUCGGGAUUGGGGCUCGAACAAACAUACUGAACAAGUUAAAGAUGGCCCCCCUUCAUCUGGCUUGUGAUAUCAAUUCCGUGGACUCUGUAGAGGCAAUUUGCCGUCAACCAGAUUGUGAGAUCAACAUUCGCGGAGAGUUCGGUCAAGUACCCAUCCACUACUGCGCUAUGAAAGACAAUUUGGAAGCAGCAAAGAAACUGAUCGAGUUUUCUCCCUUGCUGUGUAUGAGUGAUAACAAUGGUGUGUACCCAAUUCACUGUGCUGCUACCCAUGCAUCGAGAAAAGUAUUGGAUAUAUUACUAACAGAAGCCGAAAAGUGCGGCUAUGAACGAUGGCAGCUAUUGAGUUUCACAGACAAGGAAAAGAAUACAGCACUGCAUUCAGCUGUUAACGGCGGUUGUGAAACUGCCGUUCAGGUUUGCUUAGAAUUUGGCGCCAAACUCGAUGUGCAGCAGGAUAACAAAUGCACCCCUCUUCACUUGGCCUGCGGUCAGGGAGCACUGCGCAUCGUAGAGAUCAUGCUCUCAAAUUACAAAACAGAAAACACUCUAGAAAUGCGAGAUAUAGAAAUGAUGACACCGUUACACAAAGCCGCCAUGUUUGAUCACGUGGAUGUCGUCAGGUAUCUUCUUGAUCAGGGAGCAGACAUCGACGCCGAAGACCUCGAAAAUCGUACGCCACUCCUCCUGGCGGCCUCAAAGCGUGCAUGGCGGUCAGCGAGACUCCUUCUCCAGAAAGGCGCCAACUUCUUCGUUAAGGAUGCAGAAUGUCGUAACGUCCUACACAUUGCCAUCAUACAUGGCGGGAAUAUUCGGGAGCUCAGAGUCUUUACUGACAUGCAGGAUACGUUUGCUAGUCUACUGAACGAACGAGACUCGCACGGCUGUACACCGAUGCAUUACGCCACCCAGCGAGGUAACAUUGUGUGCGUAGAAAGUCUGAUAGAUCUGGGUGCUACGGUCAAUCUUAAGAACAACUCUAAACAGUCCCCUCUACAUUUUGCUGCCAGGUAUGGGCGAUUAAACUCCAUCAAGCGACUUCUAGACAGCAAGAUAGGACCAAACAUCAUUAAUGAUACCGAUGGGGAGGGAAUGACAGCUCUUCAUAUUGCUGCCCUCCACGGACAUCAGAAGGUUGUCCAACUUCUUCUCCUGAGGGGUGCCCUGCUUCACAAGGAUUAUAAAGGCAGAACACCAUUCCAUCUUGCUGCCAUGGGUGGGUAUAAAGAGACCAUGGAUAUCCUAUAUUCAACCCAUGGGCACCUCUUAGACCAAAGCGAUGACUGCGGGAAUGCACCAAUACUUCUGGCCGCUCAGGAAGGCCAGGUCAAUGCUGUAACCUACCUUCUCGAUCACGGUGCCGCUGUCGACAUCGUCAACUGUGCCGGUGAUGGUAUCAUGGACAUCGUCUUUGGCACACAUAAUAAGGACGUCGCUGUUGCCAUCGUCCUACAUAAUCGUUGGGAUGAGCUGUUGAUGUGUACAUUAGCUGAUAAUAACCCCAUAGACCGACUCAUUCAACAUAUGCCAGACGUAUUCAUGAGGGUAUUGGAUAAAUGCCAAACAGUUUCUGAUCUAGAGCCUGGUCAUCCCGAAUACUGGAGACGUUAUGAUUUCAAAUAUCUGCAAGUUCCAGUAAAAUGUCGUCGACAAUGGCUCAAGAAAUAUGGAGAAUAUCAUCCGCUCUGCACUCUGAACUCUAUGGUCAAAUACAACCGCGUAGAGCUACUAUCUCAUCCCGUCUCUACCAAGUUUCUGGACAUGAAAUGGAAAGCAUAUGGUGCCCUGAUGCACACGCUCUUCACAUCAAUAUACCUAGUGUUCCUGGCAAUAUUAACUGGUUUUGUGUGCACGACUGAUCCGAGGCCGCAGCAUUUCAAUCUUACCUCUUUCAACAAAACGGAUUUGCAUAUGAAGAGAAACGAGAUCACGGAUUUUCAAUACAUCGGUGUCAUCGUUAUAGUUUUAUACUGUGGACUAAACAUUCUGAAAGAAUUUCUCCAAAUAUCUCAACAGAAAUGGCGUUAUUUCAUAGACCCCACUAACUACAUCGAAUGGGCACUGUACAUCACGGCCGCCAUGUUUGUCGGACCAUUCCUGAUACGUGACGACACUCCAUCGUAUCAUAGUCAGUGGGUUUUUGGCGCCUUCGCCAUUUUCUUUGCUUGGUUCAACUUACUCCUCUAUCAACAGAAGCUUGGAAACAUUGGGAUAUAUGUGGUGAUGUUUCUUCAUAUUCUCAAGACCUUAGUCCGUGUCAUGUUCGUGUUCAUGAUCCUUGUCGUGGCGUUCGGGAUGUCUUUCUACAUUCUUAUGAAACAAGAGACCAACAACGCAUUUGAAAAGCCUCAUUACGCUGUCAUGCGGGUACUGACGAUGAUGAUGGGCGAAUUAGACUACAUCAAUUCGUUUGUUCUCCCUAUCUAUGACGAUGAUGAUUAUACUCAACAUUACCCCCAGUAUUCACUCAUCUUUCUCCUUGCUCUUUGUGUGCUGCUGCCAAUUUUACUCAUGAACCUCCUGAUUGGUCUGGCAGUCGGUGAUAUCGCAGCGGUACAGCGAGACGCUCAGUUAAAGAGACUUGCCAUGCAGGUCGAGCAGUACACCGACGUCGAAAAUCGACUUCCAUUGAGAUUCAUUGAGCGAGUCGACAAGGACUUCGUAAUCAUCUACCCCAACCAACAGCUUGGCUGGAUGUUAAAGAACUGCAUGCAUAUGGUGACAACCUUGAGCGCCGAGGAGGAAGAGGCUCUGCGUUCUUCUGACUCUGAAUUCAACCCUAGGCAUAUGCACGGGGAGGUAUCCAAGCUCAAACGGAGACUGAAGGAUAUGUCAAUGAUGAUGGACAAGCAGUAUGAACUGAUGAGACUGGUCGUUCAGAAGAUGGAGAUCAGGUCAGAAGCUGAUGAGAAAGACGAAGGAACCUGUGAGGAGGCAUUCAUGAUAAGACCUAGAUCAGCCAGACUAAACCUCAGCCAAGUCGUUCGACUAGCCAACGCAAAAGGUAAGGCGAGCCCAAGGCGUCAGAUCCAGUUGAAACCGGACAGCGCCGGUCGCAACAGUCGGCCUGGUUCCACAGGACGCCGUAGCCCUGCAUCGGUCAUCAGUAACAUCAGCUCACGGGGGUCCCCUUCUCCUACAAAGAUGAUCCUACCUGCAGAACCAUCUUGCUAAUAUUGACUCCCGCAGGUCAUUCUGUCAUGCUGCCGACACCAACCAAACCAACUCCAAACUGAGCCUUGUUAUCUUUGGAUAUAACAUAAUAGGAUUGGUCGGUCAGAGUUGAUUUAUUUAUUUUUAUUUAUUAAAGUAUCUUUAUACAUGCAGGAUAAUAUGUUCAGAGUUAAUGGUCAGCAAGGUCCUGUUAACAUAAGAAUACCAACAAAAAAAUAUAUAGAGUAAGCUAUAAAAAGUACUUCGCCUUUAAAAAAAAUAAUUUACCUCUAAAACUAUACUUUUAUCAAUUCUUUUUGUUAUUUUGUUCUCCCCCCUCCUUCACUUGUGCGCCUUGAGCAUCUCUAACGAGAUGGAUAUGGCGCCUAAAAAAUUGCAUUUAUCAUCACUAUAAGCGGUAGUAUAUGGUUUUAAGCCAAAUUAUGCAAUUAAAGUCUUUUGUAUGAACCUGUAAUAGAGGAAUUAUGAUUCCAUGGAUAUUUCACGGAAUCCCCUCGCCCAUAUAAAAUUUCAAACUUUGCUGGAGAAUCAGUCAAAAUAAUAUAUAAUUACAACAACAAAAAAACAUUUU